AUGGGAGCCAACAAGAAAAAGAAGCCCAAGCUCAGGUUGGCAGCCGGACGCCCGCCUAUCACUCAGAAGCCGAAAUCAAUUUCCAGGCAAGCCACUAGGACACUGAUCAACAACAUUCACCACUUGGAGAAACGGAAAAGGCAGGCCGCGCAAAAUGGCGACAAAGCGACUGAAUCCAAGAUAGCAGCAGAAAUUGCCUCCCUUGGUGGGCUCGAGAGAUAUCAACAGGCAAGCCUUCAAGGCCAGAGAAACGACCGGGGAGGGGACAGCUCGAGAGUCUUGAUGGAGUGGCUGAACCUUACCGAGUCCAACCUGAAGGCCACGAGCACGAGCCAAGAGUUACAACGUCUACGAAUGUUGGAGAUCGGGGCACUCAGUACCACCAACGCCUGCUCCCGCAGCGGCUACUUCGACAUCGAGCGCAUCGACUUAAACAGCCAGGGUGAAGGCAUCCUCCAACAGGACUUCAUGGAACGACCCCUACCCAAGGACGAUGCCGAGAGAUUUGAUAUCCUCAGCCUGUCACUUGUGCUCAACUUUGUCCCAGAACCCAAGGGCCGUGGCGACAUGCUUCUCCGCACGCUAGACUUCCUGCGCAUUUCGACCUGCUUCAGAGAUGGGACAGAGGCAGAACUGAGACCAUUCUUCCCCAGUCUCUUCUUCGUCCUGCCCGCACCCUGCGUCACCAAUUCUCGUUAUCUGGACCAAGACAAGCUCAAUGCCAUCUUGGCGUCUCUCGGUUACGAAUUGAUAAGGUCCAAGAUGACUUCAAAGCUCGUCUACUAUUUGUUCAGGCGGACUGCCGAGCAGCCCCCUCUCCUUGGCGGCGGCGUGACUUUUGCCAAACGGGAACUGCGCUCAGGCGCAUCCAGAAAUAAUUUUGCAAUUGUUCUCAAAUCACCAACGCCCAUUGGAUGA